AAGAGAGAGAGAGAGAGAGAGAGAGAGAGAGAAGCAUGCUAGCCGGGUUAUUAAGAACAGGUGUGGGUGGAAGGCAAUUAAUACAGCAGGGAUGGCGGCGAGGAGUGUCCAUGAGUGGUGCCCUGCGGUGCGAGGCCACAGACGGGGAGGAGGAGGAAGGGCAAGCCAGGAAGCAGAUCGACCCAGCCAAGGACAGAACGAGAGUCAUACCUGUUGAAACGAGUCUGAAGUAUAUGCAGAGUGAAGCUUACCAGACAGCUUACGGCGAUGACCCGGUUUGGAAGAAAUACAAAAGAAAUUUUAAAGGCCAGUUUCCUCCUAAGAAGACAAGAAAGCUGUGCAUUCGUGCAGGAGUCCUUUCCACCGGUAACCCUUGUCCAGUCUGCCGUGACGAGUAUUUAGUGCUGGACCCGAGGAACACUGCCCUCCUCAAACAGUUCAUCUCCCCGCAUAACAAUGGCAUUCUCCCCACCAGCAUUACCAACCUGUGCCGCAAGAGACAUCGUGAGCUGGAGGUGGCCGUGCAGCAGGCAAGGGACAUUGGGCUCCUUACAUACGAUGUCCCCUUCAGACGCUACAACUACCAAGAUUAUUACCCUCUUGCCUCCUCCUCCUCCUCCUCCUCCACUACUGCCUCCGCUACCUCCUCCUCCUCCGCCUGCCUGCGUCCUCCUCUUCCACUGCUAGUUCGUAAUGUGAAAAUGGCAAGAAAUACUACUACUACUACUACUACUACUACUACUAAUAAUAAUAAUAAUAAUGUCCAUGAUCAAAACAUAAACAAGACUUCCCUGAGACUAAACACAAGAGGUUCUCAUUAAGACAGUCCCCCUGAAGAACACCAGUUGAAGUGAGGGUUUGCAGUGAAGUGAGGUGUUGACAAGAGCAUUGGUGAAGGUAGUAGCAGUGGUGGUGACAUCCUGGUGUAGGUAUUAAGUGGUGUAGUGAGUUUUUUUUUUUUUUUUUUGUAAAUAUAUGUGAUUUUAAAAU